AUGCCGUACGAAGAUGGUGAAUCAAGGAAAAGGCCAGCAGAUGAUAGUGAAGAAGACUCCCAUCAUGUUAAGAAAGAAUACGCCAACUCAGUCAGAAAUCGUGAGCACUUUACUGUUGCUGUCUCAAAUCUUCCUAUAAAUAUCACCGAGAGACAACUCAAGCAAUUCUUCCAUGGUUAUGGCGAUGUUAGAGAGAUAAAUCUAACAGUUGUUGGAGAAACCCAGGAAGCAUCAGUUGAAUUUUCCUCGGAACAGGAUGUUGAAAAGGCCUUGGUGAAAGACUACAAAAGAAUACGUGGUAAUGAGGUACGUGUUCAAAAGGUCCAAAACAACACACUUUUUGUCACCAACUUUCCACCAUCGUACACUCCUGAGAAUAUAAAGGAUAUUUUCUGCAGUGUUGGUCCUGUCGCGAGUGUACGUUUCCCUUCUUUGAAGUUCAAUGCUGAUCGUCGCUUUUGUUAUGUUGAAUAUACAAACUCAUCCAAUGCUCAAUCUGCAGUUGCGUUGUUCAACGGAAAAGUGUUAGAUGAGUUUACAUUAUCAGUGCAGAUUUCGAACCCUUCGUUGAAACACCAGAGAUCUGGUGCCCGAGAAGAAGGCAGAGAGGUGUAUAUCAGCUCGCUCAACUUUCAAACAGUUACGGCACAUAAACUAAAGGUUUUGUUUGAAAAGUAUGGAAGUGUUGAAAAUGUUAAUCUCCCACUCUCGGAUGAGGGAGCAAAACAAGGGAGAAAAAAUGAUGGGUACGGGUUUGUCAUUUUCAAGACAGCAGCUGAAGCUACUCGUUCUCUGGAGUUGGACCUAGUUGCGUUUGAAGGCCGUGCUAUUCAUGUCUCUAUUGCUAAGAAGAGAGUACUGUUGAACAAAAUGAAAGCAACAAGGGCUCUGAAGGACCUCUCAUUAUCAGAUUCAGCAAUCGCAGUCCUCAACUUACCAGAUACUGUCAAUUCAAGCCAACUCCGAGACUUCUUCGGAUCAAUCGAUGAUGUCGAAGAUGUGAUUCUUGAGCCAAGACAUGGUGGUGCAAUAGUUGUAUUUGCCAGUCCACAGUCUUCUGGUAAAAUUGGGCUGCUGAUGAACGGGAAAACAAUUGGAAAUUACACAGUAGAAAUUGGGACAGUGUCUGACCUCAAGAAGUCCUCGAGUCUCAUUGCCAACCAACCUACUACUACAAUCAUCCCAUCUUCUGUGAGAAGGAAAAAGAUGGGCACUUUUGUGAAAGCUCUUCAUACCCAUGAUAAUGACACUCAAUCAGAAUUGACUGUUCAAAACACUGCCAAGGGGAGAACUAAUGAGGAUUUCAGAAAUAUGUUUUUGAAAAAGUAA